UUUGAGAUCGGAGAGGACGCGAUGGGUCCGCCCAGCUCGACCCCUGCCCCCACCCUUGGCCAAGACGAGGAAGAGAGAGGGUGGGAAUGUGUAUGGCGGUGUGUGCCUGCCACCCCAGUUCUCCAUAUGGCCUUCAGUCCAGAUGGCACUCUGUUUGCCACUGCCGGCCGCAAUGACCGUCUGGUCAAGAUCUGGUUCGAGAACAAGCACCUAUUGUUCCCGGCCAAGAGCAUGGAGGCACACAGUCUGUCGUUUGUCAACUCAUCAAGCACAGAGCUCAACUACAACUUUGUGUACAUCUCACAUCCCCGGGCUGUCACCCAACUCAGCUGGCGUAAAACCAGCAAGUACAUGCCCAAGGGAUCAGUGUCCAACAUGCUGGUGACAUCCUGCAAGGAUAACAUCUGCCGAGUGUGGGUGGAGACGGUGCUACCGGACGAUGGACUGGUGAACAUGCACCAGUUCGAUCCCCUUGCCGCUCAGAAUCCCAAGUUCCGCACGCACAGGCACAAGCACCGGUUCAUGCAGCGGCUGAAGCAUAUGAAAACAUGUUUCCACAUUAGACGGCACGCCAAGCACCAGCAGAGCCUCAACGGGGUUUAUAACCAGACGAUACCCACACUGCCGUCUACCUACAGUGUGCACGACUUCCAUAGCUAUGGCUUCCACGGGACCGGUGUCACCCCUGGUCUUCACUUCCAUCUGGCCGCCAGCAUCAACGCUGAGACAGAUAUACCUCUGGUACCCAGCCUUAUGACUGGAGAUCCGGAGAGAGAACCCAACUUUGUCCUCCAUUGGCUCAACAACAAAGAGACUGCCUUUUCUCUACAGGCUGAAAGUCUACUACAGGAAUUAACUAGAAAGGUAGUAGAGAAAGAAGAAGGCCUACAUUUCGAGGCAAGUAACCAUGACUCUUCUGACCACCAUGAGACAGCAGAAGCUGCUGGGGAACGCACACCAAACAAGAAAACCGGGACAGGAAAGGUGUCAAAGUCGGUGUCACAGGACGAGAGCAGCGACGAGCACCAGCACGGUCAGAGCAGCUUCCCCAACAGUAGUCACCACACACUCAGCAAUGCGACGUCUAUCAACUCCCUAGCGACAGACACAGCUGGACCUCCUACUGGCGGCCACAUCUCUGACUCGUUGGAUGCCAAGAUAGAGGCCUUGCUGCGCGACUGGCACCACAAUCCUGACCUGCUCUUUGCCAUCCACCCCAUCGACGGCAGCUUUCUCAUCUGGGUGGUGGAGUGGCUCGACGAGUAUCACCCCGGUUCGUUCAGACAAGCACAAGUAUCGUUCUCGACUCGCAUCCCGUCAGCGUUCCCGCUGGGCGACGCAAUGACCAUGUCCAACAAUGUCUGCCUGUAUCACACAUCGUGCUGUCACCUGCAGCUGGUGUUUCGUGACGUAGUGAAGACUGCCGCCGCCACCAAGUCUCCACCCAACGGCCCUGCGACCGGUAAUGAAGACCCGCAGUCGACACCGUUACCCAGUGUGAUAGAAGAGGACACGGACCCGGAGACUACGGGGGCAGGAGAGGGCGGGGCGACCCUAGGCGGAGACUCCGCCGGGGCCGAACGUGGGCCCGGUAGCUCGACGGGGGGUGACACUCCUUCCCUCCAUGACCUGCUGACCGCACCCCCCUCACCUACACUCAGCAUGGUCACCAAACACAGCAACGGUACACUCAACCUGUGGCAGUUGACCUUCGCUGACAAAACCAAGUUCACACAGGUCCUGAGUAUUGGCCAUGCUUCCCGAGCGUCAGGUCACAGGUUCCGAGUGAACGACAUAACCUGUCACCACCCCGUGCUCCCGCUGCUGCUGACCACUUCCCACCACAACCUGCCCGAGGAUGCUCCUGUGUGCCAGAGUCCUUGUUGCGACGACCCCACCACGCUCACCGGUUUCUGUAGUGAACUGAUCCUAUGGCGUGUGGAUGCCGUCGGCCCACUGUCCAAGUCUGGAGGCGUGUCUGAACUUGCGCGAAUCAACUCACCGAAGAUGUCAGCCUUCUCAAACGUGGCCUGGAUACCAACUUUACUGCCAAGCACAACACUAGGCAACCUGUCCAAUUCUCCAAGUGCCUGUUUUGUUGCUUCGGACGGGGAGAGUCUCCGUGUGUAUCAAGCUGUCAUCGAUGCCCGGACACUGCUCGCAGAGGUCUCUACUUCCGAGAGGCGCAGUCGCAUGAUGGGGUCGCAGAUGAGCUUGUCGACCGAUCUAUCGUCAGAAGACGGAGCCAAACACAACUCUCUCCACGACCGUAUCAAGAUCGUGUCCCAACAGUCGACAGCUCGACCUGGCUGUGUUAUACAGUUGGACGCCAUCGCUGACGCCACUCAUGACUGGCAGAACACUCAGUUCCUGCACGUGUUCCAAGAGCAGCUGAUCACGGGGGAGAGCGAGGGCGGGGUCGCUCAGCAGUUGGGUCUCAGUCUGACGGAGGGAAGGCUCAGUGCCAUUGUGGACCUGCAGCAGAACGCAGAGUUCGAGGAGCCCUUCUACCUCGUGGUGCUGGAGCGCACCACACAGGGCACCACCAUCCACACAUGGCGCAUUGUCAUCUCCUCUCAGACCGAUAACAACGAGUUGAACGGCAGCCUAAUGUAUGUCCCGGACAGUCAGCUGGUGCAGGACGACACUGUGGAGGAUAUGGACUCGUCGUCAAGAGUGUGUGAGGAUUCAGGGCACGGACUUGUCAACACGGGACAUGUACAGAUUACCACAACUAAGGUCUGCACACAAGAACUGCCACUGCCCGAUGGAGUGGAUGUGAUACACGCUGCCCCUGCGGGGGGUCACCUCAGUUCUGCCUCCAUUUACCCAGCAUGCUUUGCGCCAUACAUCAUCGUCACAGCAUGCUCCGAUAGCACUAUCAGAUUCUGGAAGUGUAAAUUGGGGAAGAAAGUGAAUGGAAGAUAGAAACAGACGUACGAGUGGCAAGAGUGGGAGAUGCUGCGUAAGGAUAAAGAAUCCAUGAUUGAGAUUUCAGGUCAGCCGUUGAACAUCAACGCAGCGUACAGUGGCCGGAUAGCCUGUGCCUACAAGUACGGCAAGUCAUUUACAAGGCCUUCUCGGAAAGAUCCAGACUCCAGAUACGUCAACUUGUGUGUGGCCAUAUAUGAAUGUGAAAGCACUGGCGGAUCGGAGUGGGUGCUGGAAGACACGCUGCACCUGAAGAACAUCCACUUGCCCCGCAUCCAGGUGGACCCUAGUGUGGACCUGAGCUACAUCUACGAUCACACGUUCCUCAGCAAGAAACAGCGGCUGCAGAACAACUUCAUCAAGGCGAUGAGCAACGAGGAUCUGGACCCGAGACGCAACGGGGAGCUCAACGGCCUCACUGAGCCGGCCAGCCUGGUCAAAACCGGAGCUGGUUUGCUGGCAGUGCCCAGUUUCAGUACGCUGCAGUCUCUGCGUAAGAGCAUCAUUGAGAACGGUAACAACUGUCCAUUGACUCAGAAACACCUGGUUCAGCUGGACUGGGUGUCCAAGGAGGAUGGUUCACACAUACUGACAGUGGCAGUGGGCAGCAAGGUGAUGCUGUUUACCCCUGUGUCCAGUGACCUGGCCCAGGCCAACAUGAAAGCCAUGAAAGAGUCCCAGUCCACAAAUAGACCAAUAUUGCGGAAAGCCUCGUCUCUAGCUGCACCUAACUUUGUAGACGAGAUCAGAUGGAUGAAACUGAGGAAGAUAGACCUGACGACGGCUGAUGGACUGCCGGCUCUGCCCAUGCAGCUAUCGUGGGUCAGGGACGGCAUCUUAGUCGUGGGGAUGGACAGUGAGAUGCACGUCUACUCUCAGUGGAAGCCAGACAACGGUGAUGAAAAGAGGGAAAUGUUUGUUUAGUUGGUGCUAAACGGCUGCUCGGGUCCCGGCUCCCCCCACCAGGAGUCUGAGGAAGCGCAGGACACAAGGAACUUGAGAGACGAAGACCUCCGGAAUAUGGCUCAGGACACGACACAGCGCAGGUUGGCCAACGUCAGCUCCAUGCCACAUCUGUCCAGAGUCAGUUCUAUCAACUUGACCAUGAUGGCCUCUGGUGAACCCAAGAAGAAACGUAACACCAGCGCAAGCGGACAAGGAGGUGCAGUUGCCAGUGAACCGGCCAGCAACAUGGACUCGUACAUGCCGGACUACGGGCUGUUCGAGGCCAGCAGGAUCGCCUGUCCCGUGCUGCCCCAGUACCACCCCAAACAGCUCAUGGAGCUGCUCAACUCCGGCAAGAUCCGCUGGGUCAAGGCCAUCCUCGCUCAUCUGGUCAGGUACACAGAUCUGGGCUCUCAGU